AUUUCUUAUUUCUAUGAAUCAACAAUUUACUUUCUAACGAAUAUCUUCUUUAUAAAUGUAAACAAAUGAAUUAAAAAAAAAGUAUAUUCUUUAAAAGGUUUUAGGCUAUGGCUAAUAUGGGUAAUUUUAAUAUUUAAUUUAGAACUGUAUAUCAAGGUGUGAAUAUGUGCACCAGAGAAACAGUUGCUAUCAAAGAAUUGCGUCAUAGCAAUACUGAUCAAGGGGUUUGCUAUAUUAUUUUAUUAAAGAUUAAUGUAUAAGUCUUAAGAGAAAUAGAAAUACUUAAAUUAAUGAAAUGUCAAUAAAUUAUUUCUUUUAAAGAUUUAGCAUAUGGAUAGAAUAAAGUCUAUAUUAUUAUGGAAUAUAUGGAAGAAGACUUACUAACAGCUUUAAAAAGAGAUACCUUUUCAGAAUAAGAAACUAAAGUGAUCAUUUUUUAAGUGCUUCAAGGUUUAACAUACUUGCAUUAAUUAGGGAUCAUUCAUAGAGAUAUCAAACGUACUUUUUUAUAUUGAUAUUUUAGCUAACAAUAUUUUACAUACUAAUUUAGAAAUUAAAAUUUGUGAUUUGGGGAUGGCUCAAAAUUUAAAUAAAUUGAAGCCACAAACAACCCGAAUUCAAAAUCAUUCAUACAGGGCUCCAGAAGUGUUCCUUGGUUUAUUAAAUGACUAAUAUUAGGUUAAAAAUAUUGCUCUAAGGUUGAUGUUUGGGCUACUGGAGUACUAUUUAUUUAAUUGAUUUUAAAAUACAAUAUUUUUUAAGGCCAAUCUGAUAUUGCUAGUUUUAAAUAAAUUAUAAAAUUUUGUGGAACACCAACUGAAGGUAUUAUUUCAUUUAUAACUAGAAAAUUGGUAAGGUGUGACUUCACUUAGAAACUAUUCUUCUCUAAUUAAUGAAGAGCCUUAACCUAGAAUACUAUUAACUUUAUUAAAUAAAAAAUUGCCUCCAUUAUUAGUAAAUCUUAUUGAUUCAAUGCUUACUCUUGAUCCUAGUCAAAGAAUAUCUGCUUAAGAUGCCCUUUUACAUCCUUAUUUUCAUGGAUUAAAUAUAGAAAAGUUUAUUUAUUAUUUUAUCCUUAUUUUAUAGAUGCCUUCAUAAAAUUUAGGCAAAUAGAAAAAAAAUAAACACUGAAUAGUAAACUUAUACAGAAGUCUUUAAUUAUUCCGAUGGAAGCAAAGCAAUUAUUGUUUCGAAAAUCUUAAAAAAAAGCAAAAAUUGCUUUUGA